GAAACACAAGAGGGAAAGGUGACCGGACUAGUCCGUCAGCUUUCCAGGAAGGAAUGCAGUUUCAAGACACUAGUUCGGAUCUAUGUCUAAUUGUUUUGGUAUAACGAAAAGCUAGUUGACGGCGACUGGAUAUUCCAAUUCUUCAGAAAAGCGACGCAAACACGUUCGCUUCAAGGAAUAUUGGGUCUUCUGCGCGGCCGUAGAUUUCGGCCAAGUGCGCCUGCGCAUAAGAGUAGCGGCGUUGAGUCAGGUAGUCAGUGGAGAAAACUGCGAUAGCGACCCUCAGACCUCGCCAUGAAGACUCGCUUCAGCACCAUUGACCUCCGCGCGGUACUCGCGGAGCUGAAUGCCAGCUUACUAGGAAUGAGAGUAAACAAUGUUUAUGAUGUGGAUAAUAAGACCUAUCUUAUUCGUCUUCAAAAACCAGACUUUAAAGCUACGCUUUUACUUGAAUCUGGCAUACGAAUUCACACAACAGAAUUUGAGUGGCCUAAGAAUAUGAUGCCAUCUAGUUUUGCCAUGAAGUGCCGAAAACAUUUGAAGAGUCGGCGAUUAGUCAGUGCAAAACAACUUGGUGUGGAUAGAAUUGUAGAUUUUCAAUUUGGAAGUGAUGAAGCUGCUUAUCACUUAAUCAUUGAGCUCUAUGAUAGGGGAAACAUUGUUCUUACAGAUUAUGAGUACCUAAUUUUGAAUAUACUAAGAUUUCGAACUGAUGAGUCAGAUGAUGUUAAAUUUGCUGUUCGUGAACGCUACCCAGUUGAUCAUGCUAGAGCUGCUGAACCUUUGCUUACUUUGGAAAGACUGACUGAAAUAAUAGCCAGUGCACCUAAAGGUGAACUACUGAAGAGAGUUCUUAAUCCAUUACUUCCCUAUGGACCAGCUCUCAUUGAACACUGUCUUAUAGAAAAUGGAUUCUCUGGCAAUGUCAAAGUGGAUGAAAAAUUUGAAAGUAAAGACCUUGAAAAAGUACUUGUUUGUCUGCAGAAAGCAGAAGACUAUAUGAAAACAACAUCCAACUUCAGUGGAAAGGGGUACAUCAUUCAGAAAAGAGAAAUAAAACCAAGCUUGGAAGUAGAUAAACCAACUGAAGACAUACUCACGUAUGAGGAAUUUCAUCCUUUCUUGUUUUCUCAACAUUCACAAUGUCCAUAUAUAGAAUUUGAAUCAUUUGACAAGGCCGUGGAUGAAUUUUAUUCCAAGAUAGAAGGUCAGAAAAUAGAUUUAAAAGCUUUACAACAGGAAAAACAAGCAUUGAAGAAAUUAGAUAACGUCCGGAAGGAUCACGAAAACAGAUUAGAAGCUCUUCAACAGGCUCAGGAAAUAGACAAACUUAAAGGAGAGCUCAUAGAAAUGAACCUACAGAUAGUUGACAGAGCUAUUCAGGUUGUUCGAAGUGCUUUAGCCAACCAGAUAGAUUGGACAGAAAUUGGGUUAAUUGUGAAAGAAGCCCAAGCUCAAGGAGACCCUGUUGCAAGUGCAAUUAAAGAAUUAAAACUACAAACAAACCAUGUUACAAUGCUACUAAGAAAUCCAUACUUGUUAUCAGAGGAGGAAGAUGACGAUGUUGAUGGUGACAUCACUGUUGAAAAAAAUGAAACCGAAGCACCAAAAGGAAAAAAGAAAAAGCAAAAGAAUAAACAGCUGCAGAAGCCUCAGAAAAAUAGGCCAUUACUUGUUGAUGUUGAUCUCAGCUUGUCAGCAUAUGCCAAUGCCAAAAAAUACUAUGAUCACAAGAGGUAUGCUGCUAAGAAAACACAAAAGACCGUUGAAGCUGCUGAGAAGGCAUUUAAAUCAGCAGAAAAAAAAACAAAGCAAACGUUAAAAGAAGUCCAAACAGUUACCUCUAUUCAGAAAGCAAGAAAAGUAUACUGGUUUGAGAAAUUUCUGUGGUUCGUUAGCUCAGAGAACUAUUUAAUUAUAGGUGGAAGAGAUCAGCAACAGAAUGAAAUGAUUGUGAAAAGAUACUUGACAACAGGGGACAUUUAUGUACAUGCUGAUCUUCAUGGAGCUACUAGCUGUGUAAUUAAGAAUCCAACAGGAGAACCCAUUCCGCCUCGGACCUUGACUGAAGCCGGCACAAUGGCACUUUGCUACAGUGCUGCCUGGGAUGCACGAGUUAUCACUAGUGCUUGGUGGGUGUACCAUCAUCAGGUGUCUAAAACAGCACCAACUGGAGAAUAUUUGACAACAGGAAGCUUCAUGAUACGAGGAAAGAAGAAUUUCCUUCCUCCCUCGUAUCUAAUGAUGGGGUUUAGUUUCCUCUUUAAGGUAGAUGAGUCUUGUAUUUGGAGACAUCGGGGUGAAAGAAAAGUCAGAGUGCAGGAUGAAGACAUGGAAACAUUGGCAAGUUGCACACGUGAACUCAUAUCAGAAGAAAUGGAACAACUAGACGGAGGUGACAGUAGCAGUGACGAAGAUAAAGAGGAAUCACACGAAACUCCUGUGGAAGUGGAGCUUAUGAGUCAGGUUGACCAGGAGGAUAUCACUAUUCACAGUGGUGGAGAUGAGCUAAAUGAUGAAAUAAUUCAGGAAGAGAGCUCGGAAGAUGAAGGAGAAUCUGAAGAAGUGGUAAAAGAUCAGGAACCUGUUGCUGAAAUGAUGGAUGAAGGUGAAGACACAUUAAAUUAUCCUGACACUACCAUUGAUUUGUCCCACCUUCAAUCUCAAAGGUCCCUCCAGAAAUUGGCUUCAAAAGAAGAAUCUUCUAGUAUGAGUGACAGUAAAUUACAGAGCCGGAGACAUUUGUCAGCCAAGGAAAGAAGGGAAAUGAAGAAGAAAAAGCUUCCAAGUGACUCAGGGGAUUUAGAAGUGAUAGAGGUAAAGGACAAAGAAAAAGAAAAUGCUCUACACAUUGAAACUCAUCAGAACACAAGCAAAAGUGUCCCAGCUGUGCAGCCAAUGAAGCGAGGACAAAAGAGUAAAAUGAAAAAAAUGAAGGAAAAAUACAAAGACCAAGAUGAAGAAGAACGUGAACUCAUCAUGAAAUUGCUGGGGUCUGCAGGUUCAAACAAAGAAGAAAAGGGGAAGAAGGGGAAGAAAGGAAAAACAAAGGAUGAACCUGUGAAGAAACAGCCCCAGAAACCUAGAGGUGGACAAAGGGCUUCAGAAAGCAUAAAGAAAGAAACUCCCUCCCUUGAGGUUGUAACUCCAGAGUUACAAGACUUGGCUGUAGAUGAUCCACAUGAUGACAAGCAGGAAGAGCAAGAUCUGGAUCAACAGGGUAAUGAGGAAAAUCUCUUUGACUCUUUGACAGGGCAGCCACAUCCUGAAGAUGUAUUACUAUUUGCCAUCCCAAUUUGUGCCCCUUACUCCACCAUGACAAACUAUAAAUACAAAGUGAAACUUACUCCUGGAGUUCAGAAAAAGGGAAAAGCUGCAAAAACAGCCUUGAAUAGUUUCAUGCAUUCCAAAGAAGCAACAGCAAGAGAAAAAGACUUAUUUCGCAGUGUAAAGGACACGGAUUUAUCAAGAAAUAUUCCUGGCAAAGUCAAAGUGUCUGCACCCAAUCUUCUGAAUGUAAAAAGAAAAUAGCUGAAAUGAAACCCUAGAAUAUUUGAGAAGAGCCAAUUUUAUAGCCUUUUGGAAGUUCAGAGAUGAAAACACACCAUGUAACAAGACUUCCGCAUUUAAAAAUGAACUAAACAUUGCCUUGCUAUAUUCGCCAAAAGGACUUACUGUUUUUUUUCCAGUUUUAUAGAGAGGAAACGCGGAUAGGAUUUCCUAAAAUAUUUGUGGACAGUUAAAUGCUAAUUGUAUACAUCUGUAGUUAUUCUCCUACGUUUUCUUAAAAUUUGGGAGGUUAAUACUAAGUUUUCAUUUCAUGUUGUACAGAAACUGGAGUGAAGUGGCUCAGUUGCUCGGACAUUGACUUGGUCGUCUACCGUGUACAGUGUCAGAGCUCUGUUACAGGCCAGUCACAGGUGGUUUUUCGUGUUCUGGUGCGGUGGUGGGGCUUGGGGGCAGUUAAACAUUUAGGAUUAAGUCUUGGAAGCCUUCUGCCGUUACCUGUACUUGUCAAAAAAUAUAUUAGACCAGAUUUAAAAUAGACAUAAUUCAGCCUAAGAAACAACACCUAGAAAAAAUGGUAUUGAUCAUUUCCAUUCAUUUAUACAACUUCACUUUUCAUCCUCACUUCUUCCUUGUAAUCUCAUUCAGUUCUGUACCAUUUUAUUUUCUACCUCUAGUAAUUAUCAGCAUGUUACAGAGUAUCUUAACCUAGGAUAUCAUAAGUGCACUUUUAGGCUUACCACUAAAGACUCCUGACACAGCUUUCUUCUUCUGUCUCCGAACAAAUGGAGAAUAAAGUCCUACGUCAUUUCCAUUCUUUUAUGAACUAAAAAGCUGUCACUUUUUAAAUGAUGAGACAAUGGCUACCUACAGUCAAUAUGACCAUUUGCCCCAGCCCCUAUACCAAAGCAUUAAGGUCAAAGCACUAAACAGCUGUUGGUCCUUCCAAAAUUUCUUUUACCAGCUUAGUCCUGUUGAUAAUGUUUUUCCAUUUGAAAUUAAUGUAAAAAAAAAACAACUUUGUAAUUAUACAUAUAGCCAGUGUUGUAAAUACAACAGACUACUCUUGCUAUUUAAAUAUAUAUAUAUAUAUAAAUUAAAAAAAACAUCACCAUUUUGAUAGUGAUAAGAAUAAUUAGUAUGUUUCUAUAGCUAUAUAUCCUGAAGUUACCAAAAAGGAAAUAUAAUAACCAUUCCUUGGGGUAAAAAGCCAAGUAUCAUUUUCUUUUGCUUUAAUAGAAGACAGUUACUGGUGUUAAAUACAUUUAUUGUAAACUUUAGACACAAAAAUAGGUUCUCUAGGCCAUUCACAUGCACAUUAAAACCAAAAAGCUGCAAACUACAACAAUGCAUAUAAUUAUACAAACGAUGCCACUCUCUGAUGUUUACAGAAUUGCUGUCCAUGCAAGGUGAUCAGAGGCAUUAUCUAUGAAGCCUUAAGAUCCAGAAGUGUUGUUACUACCAAACCUCUGAUUAACACUGUGAAGUAAGUGUUUUGGAAGGCAGUUCCACGAGUUGGCUAACAUUUCUUUAAAGCAAAUGACUGCUUCUAAGCUUAGCCUGAAAGUGGACAAGAGAAAAAUAAAUUUACUGUUUGAAGAAUUACCAAAAAAACAAAAGCCCACUUUGUUUAAAGAACUAGUUUUAUCAAUGGAAACUUGUCAUUGCCUUUAAAUUAUCUGUAAGCCUGGUUUUUCAAGAGCACUAAUUUAAAAUAAUCUGAGUACCAAGUAAAAAGUUACUUACCUUACAAGAGAUUUUGGUUGAACUGAAAAUAUAAGUAUUUCAUUACUGUGUGCCUGAAAAAUAGAAAAUGAAGAACAUAUUAAAAAGUAAGUACUCCACAAGUUUCAGAAAUAUGAAGUGUCCUUUAAUACAGGGUAGUAUACUUAAUACACUUACAGCUCUGUGAUGGACAAGGAGGUUAUUGGCACAUCCACCAAAAACAAUGACUUCUCCUUCGUCACUGGCACAAGCUGUGUGCCAUAAUCUAAUUUAAAACAAGAGUUUUAAGUUACCCAGACACCAAGUUGACAAUUUACACUACGAACACAAUGAUGAAAUAAAGACUAGAGAUCCUCAGUACAGACCAAAACCUAAUGUUGAGCAGCAAUUAUCUUAAGUAGCAAAAGCUAGAAAAAUCUAUUAAUGUCUGUUUUAUCUGGAUGUUACCAUUUUAUCUAUCUCGUCCAGUCCUAACUUAUGCAAUGAUGGGUUUGAACUGAAUGAUCUGUUCUCUAGGUCUUUGUUAGCAAUAAAAAUCUUACGGGAGAUGUGUGCUA